UCCGGUGCGCAUUGUAGCCCUUCCUUUCUUGACUACGCGGCCUCACAGGCUCAGACGCCAUGGCGGCCAUCGAAACGAGCGUCGCCGUCUCCAGUCCUCUACUUGUGAUCCUCUUAGAUCGAUUCCACGUAAUGGGGGAUUGCUUUCCGAAAUCGAAGCCCUAAUCCUCAGCUAUGGAUUCGUCCGCGACCUCCAAGGCGGGAGAAGGGAGAACCGGGCGGAUCUGCAGUGGUUUCUGUUUCUGUGUGAUAUCCUACUUUGUGGUUUCCUUCUUGACCUCGUUCCUUUUGGGGCUCUUAGGGUUGGCAAUCGACAGAUUCUCUGCUUCCGCGGCCGUCGCGAUACCCACCACCUGUAGAAUUCUGUCGAGCGGUGUAGAUCUAAAAGCAUCCAAGGUUUGCCAACUUGGAACCCUGAACCAUAAAGCUAACGGUGCAUUUUAUCACCUGAAGAAAGCAACUUUUCGCUGCCAUUAUGAUUACUAUUGGGCUUCAAUCUUUGAGGUACAGUUUGAAGAGUAUUUUUCUGGCCAAAUAUUUCAUGCUGUGGCAGAAGUACCAAAGGAGGCUCUUCCUCAUGACUGCAGGCCUGAUUUUGGCAUUGCGUGGUUAACAACACUGAAAUUCAAGGUAAAUGAAACAUACGGGUGCAAAUAUCUGCCCGUUAGUCAGAAAGUCGAUAUUUAUUCCGAUGGUCUUUUUGGUUGCAAGGCAAAACAAUUUUCCACAUCAAACCCUAUCAUGCCAUACAUUAACUUGUUAAUGGGACUCUUCAUCGAGGCCGAGGGACCAGGGUCCAAUACUGUGUAUGUAGCGAGAGGAUUCAUCUGUGGCUUUCUCGUUUCGAUGCUCACUGUUGCUACAGCAGAAUGCUUUCGCAUCCUUGCCGGUGCUAUGGCAAGAAGGCAAACAUGUAUCGUGUGGCUUCAGCGAGUUUGUAUCAUCGUUGCUUAUUUCAGUGCCAUGGCUUGGCUAAUUUUGCAGUAUGGCAAGAUGAUCGGAUUGAACCAGCUGUUGUUCGAUUCCAAAACUUAUGAGAGGACCUCAUGAAAGUAUCGACUGGCUGUCGACAAGAAACAAAUUCCUACACGACGCAGAGAUCUAAAAGUUUGGAAACAAAUUACCUACCCGGGAGACAUAUUCAUCAAAACAGUCGAUCGGCGAACCUGAUCAGAGAUGGAGUAACCAUGCGUGCGACUAUUGGCAGUAUAGGGGCGGAGAGUGCUCCAAGCAUGAAGCAGUUGAUGCUGAGCAAAGCAACAGCAUCGGAAGCUGGUUUGUUCCUUAUGGUCGAGAGAAACUCGCGCACACUGGCAAGGGAUAUGACGACAACGGUAAACAGGGCUAUGACAAGAGGAACGCAUGCAUCUUCAGCGACCCAUAUGAUCACAGAGACCAAAAGAGACAAGAUUGUGCUAAACAAACUUUGCAGAAGGGCGACAGUUCUUCGUUGCCUCAAAGCCUCGCCUACAAUGAAUGAGAUUCCUUAAGAAAUACUUGGAGGGAUAAUGCAACAAGGAAAUGCCAUUCAAGGUAGUGUUUGUGGCUUAUGCAUUACCUUUUUCGCCAACUACCUGUUCAUCUUUACCAUGAUCCGGAUCAGAUAGGGUAGUGACUCGUCUUACAUCUUUGCCAUAA